AUGGACAGUUGCUUUGCUCACCUAGGCAGCAAUGCUAUGAAAAAAGACAAAACUUUGGUUAUCUCAAAAUAUGGAGCAAGUGGAGAUCAUCUUGCUUGUACCAACUUAGCGUAUAAUAAGGCCAUAUCUGAUGGUGUGGAUGUUCUUGAUUGUCCUGUUCAAAUGUCUAAGGAUGGAACACCAUUUUUCUUAAACUCCAUUGAUCUUAUAGAGAGUACAACAGUCGCCCAAUCAAGUUUUAGCAAAUUUUCCAUGACUAUCCCUGAGAUUAAAUCUAGCAGUGGCAUAUUUGCAUUCAACUUAACAUGGAAUGAUAUAAACAACUUGACCCCCUCAAUAUUGAAUCCUUUUGCAAAAUGCAGAUUGUUCAGGAAUCUGCCUAAGAAUGCUGGGGCAUUGUUGACGUUAUCAUAUUUCUUGUCCUUGACAAAAAACCAGACUUCUCUAUCAGAUGUUGCUAUCAUUGUUGAGAAUGCAACCUAUCUUGUAGACAAGCAAGGAUUAAGUGUGAUUGAUGUUGUCAUCAGUGCUUUGAGCAAAGCAGGUUAUGAUAAACCAGGAUCCCAAAAGGUAUAUAUUCAAUCCACUAAUAGUUCUGUACUGCUAAAGUUCAAGGAGAAAACCAGUUAUGAGCUUGUGUACAAGAUUGACGAGACUGUUGGUGAUGCCGCUAAUGCAACUGUUGAGGAUAUAAAGAGCUUUGCUAGUUCUGUGGUUGUCAACAAGGACUCCGUAAUUCCUAAUAAUAAUCAAUUCCUGACGACCUAUACAAAUAUUGUGCCAAAGCUAAAAAUUGCUAACCUCUUAGUUUUUGUAGAAACAUUUAGCAGUGAGUUUGUGUCUCCAGCAUGGGAUUUCUUCGCAGAUGAAAUUGUUGAGAUCAACACAUAUAUUGAGGGAGCACAAAUUGAUGGUAUCAUCACAAACUUCCCUAAAAUUGUUGAUAGAUACAGAAGGAACAAAUGCUUAGGUUUGGGUGACAACAAACCUACUUACAUGGAACCUGUUCAACCAGGUGGUAUUUUUGGACUCAUUACCAAAGAAUUAUUUCCUCCAGUCGAGGCUACGUUUCCACCCUUGAUAGAAUCUAAAGUGGCAGAGCCACCUUUGCCUCCUGUUGCUAAAAUAGCCCCAACUUCCAGCCCGAAUGCUGGAACCAAAUCACCACAGGGAAAUUCACAGCCUAAGGUCAUUGUCUGCUUCUUCUUGUCCACUCUGGCCGUGUUUAUAGCUUCUCUUCUACUUUGAAUAAAAUCAUCUCUAAACUUCCUUCUAAGGAAAAACAAAACAAAUAUGGAGAAAAGGUUGCUUUUGGUGGUUUCAACCCUCUAUUUCCACAUCUCUUCUAGGAUUGAGUGGCAUUGAAGCUUUUGGCUUCAAGACUAGAUGAAUAAUCCACAUUUUUUUGUUGUCUUCUUAAAAGGAGAAAAUUCUUUCAAUCUUAUUUGUUGUAGCUACGCUUGUCCAUUCUUAGUUCCUCAAUUGCUUCUCGGGUUGGAUACUAUGAGCACAAAAGCCCGUGUGGUAUAUAUUUAUGAAUUAUUUUUAGAUGU